UCUUCCCCCGGCGGCGGCGGCGGCUGCGGCGGCGGCAGCUGCGGGUGCAAGCAAGGAGUGGCUGCGAGCAGCGGCGGGCUCCAUGGAGAGCGGCGGGCGCCGGAGCAGAGGCGGCGCUUCCACCGCUGCGCCCGGACUGCAGUGACCCGCGUUCCGCUCCGCGUCCCGGCGGCCGCUCGGCCUCGCCGUCCGUGUCCGCGCCGCCGCCACCGCCGCCGCCACCGGUCCCACCGGCGCCCGAGCACCGCGACUUCCUUCGGCCCGACUCCCCGGCGGGGUGGCGGCGGCCGGGACCCCACGGUGGCGGCCGGAGCAGCGGCUGCAGGAGCCCGGCUCUAGGAUGAAGUUCAAGCCCAACCAGACGCGGACGUACGACCGCGAGGGCUUCAAGAAGCGGGCGGCCUGCUUGUGCUUCCGCAGCGAGCAGGAGGACGAGGUGCUGUUGGUGAGUAGCAGUCGGUACCCAGACCAAUGGAUUGUCCCAGGAGGAGGGAUGGAGCCGGAGGAGGAGCCUGGCGGUGCUGCUGUGAGGGAGGUGUAUGAAGAGGCUGGAGUCAAAGGAAAAUUAGGCAGACUCCUGGGAAUAUUUGAGCAGAAUCAAGACCGGAAGCACAGAACUUAUGUUUAUGUUCUGACAGUCACUGAAAUAUUGGAGGACUGGGAAGACUCUGUGAAUAUAGGCAGGAAGAGAGAGUGGUUCAAAGUAGAAGAUGCAAUCAAGGUUCUUCAGUGUCAUAAGCCUGUC